GCUCACAAAAUCAGAGUGUUGUUGACGGGUGUUUGAAUUUUCACUUUUUUAAACGAUAGAUUUAGAUUUUUGAUUUUAUUGUUUAGACAAAGGCGAAGAUUUUAACGAGACGUAUAAUUUUUAUAUAGUUCUUGAGAUAAAUGAUGCAUAAGGCUACACCACCGUCAUCUCCAGACAUGAAUAGUCAAAUAGAAGAUGAAGAUAUGUUAUACACAGGGGAUGUAGAAGAAAUAAUUGAAGCAUAUGAUAGUGAAAACAUUGAAGAUGAGGAUGCAAUGGAGGAGGAUCCUCCAGAACAAGGAGAUGCAGUUUGUAUGUUUAGUGGUCAUAAACGAGGGUCUGUCUUUUGUGGUUCCUUGACCAAAAAUGGAAAGCUAGCUGCUACAGGUGGAGAAGAAGAUAAAGCUUAUGUUUGGGAUACAUCUUCUGGACAAAUUAUUCUUGAUUGCACAGGUCAUAAAGAUAGUAUUAUUUUCUCAGAAUUCAAUCAUGAUGAGUCAUAUGUGGCUACUGGAGAUAUGAGUGGUAUGAUACAAAUUUGGAGAUUGGCAGAUAAAAUCAGGAUUUGGGAUUACAACAUGGGUGAUGCAACUUGGAUGAAAUGGCACAUGGCUGCAAAUAUUUUGUUGGCAGGAUCUGUUGAUGGAGAAAUAUAUAUGUGGAAAAUUCCUGAUGGAGACUGUAAGGUCCUUCAGGGAUAUGGUUGUCGGGCAGAGAUUGGUGCAAUAUUUCCAGAUGGUAAACGUAUAGUAGUUGGUUAUGAAGAUGGAGUGAUUCGAGUGAUAGAUUUAAAAACGAGUUCUGUGUUGUCAUCCAUUUCAUCUGCUUCUGGUCAUUCUUCCACCAUAACUACUAUUGACUGCCAUUCAGAUAACAAUUUAAUACUCUCUGCAGCUGUAGAUGGAAAGACUAUAAUCAGUACAUCAAAUACAGGCAAGAUAAUUUCCAUUCUGCAAAGCCUUAAUAAUGGUGAACAUAAUAACGUGAAUAAUGAUCAAGAUGCCGAAAGUAGUGAAGGAAACGGUGACAGUAAUUGGGUAGAAACAGCAGCUUUCUGUAAUGAUCCUGGAUUUCAAGUUGCUGCAACUGGUACAGUUAAUGGAGAAAUAUUUAUCUGGGAUAUUUCAAAACAGAUACUCAGACAAAAAAUAGCACAGGAAAGCGGUAUAUCCAAGCUGCUGUGGAAAGCAAACACGAGUGUCUUAUUGUCGGCAGGAUUAGACGGUGUUCUGAGGUGUUAUGAUGGAAAAAAUGGUCAGUGCUUACAUUCAUUCACAGGACACGCGGCAGAUAUCCUGGAUCUAUAUAUAUCUGAAAAUGGAGAAAAAGCACUGACAACAUCUGAUGAUUCUACAGCUAGAAUCUUUGACAUUUCAUCUCUAUCUUAA